ACGUGACCCGGUUCAUAGUUGAAAGUCAAACAUCUCUGCAGCUUCUGAUCAUGGCGGUCCUGGUGGGACGGAGAGCCUUAUUACAAGCCUUCCGCGUGCACACAGCGGACCGGGACAGCGCGUGCAGGAUAGCUGCGGCGACCACCUGCACGAGACAGUAUGUUUUGUCCGGUAAAGCGACGACACGAGGCUACAGCUCCGACUUCAAGGAUGACCUGCGCGUCAGAUACCUCGACGGAGAGGACUCCGGUAUCGUCGUCGUUGGUAUAAAUCGACCAAAAGCCAAAAAUGCCAUCAGCAAGAAUCUGGUCAAAAUGAUGUUUGACACGGUGGAGGACAUCAAGAAGAACAACAAAGUGCGCAGCGUCAUCAUUUGCAGUUUGGUUCCCGGGAUCUUCUGUGCAGGUGCCGACCUGAAGGAGCGGGCGAAGAUGCACCAGAGUGAAGUCGGACCGUUUGUGUCCAAAGCCCGAGCGCUCAUCACAGAGCUCGGUAACCUUCCCGUCCCGACCAUAGCUGCCAUCGACGGAGCAGCUUUAGGAGGAGGUCUGGAGAUGGCGCUCGCCUGUGACAUCAGAAUUUCCUCCAAUAAUGCAAAGAUGGGAUUGGUUGAGACCAAACUUGCAAUUAUUCCAGGAGCCGGAGGGACGCAGCGUCUCCCUCGUGUUAUCAGCGUCUCUCUGGCCAAGGAGCUGAUCUUUGCGGCGCGGGUGGUGGACGGGACGGAGGCGUGUCGUCUGGGUCUGGUCAAUCACUCCGUGGAGCAGAACGAGAGCGGGGACGCUGCGUACCUGCGCGCUCUGGAGCUCUCACGAGAGAUCAACCCUCAGGGUCCAAUCGCUGUUAGGAUGGCAAAACUGGCGAUCAACCAGGGAAUAGAGGUCGAUCUGUCCACGGGUCUGGCGAUUGAAGAGGCGUGUUAUUCCCAGGUGAUUCCAACUAAAGAUCGUCUGGAGGGUUUGGCUGCCUUCAAGGAGAAGAGGCGUCCUCACUUUAAGGGCGAGUGAGGCGGUCUCUCUCUCUGCCUCCAGCUCUCAUUCUGCUCCACUGCUUUCAACAUUAACGGGCCGACUCUGUACACGUCAACACAUCCGCCUGUACAGAACCCUGCGGACGACCGUGUGCCGGCAGGACAUCGGGGACCCCUCCCACCUUCUGGUUUGACUGAAGACUUCACGGCCUAGCAGCUGCUGGGGGUGUCGUCUAACGCUGAAGGAUGUGAAGACAACUAACAGAGCAUUAACUUACUGAACACCUCCAACAUGAACUACUCACUCACUAACAUGAAUUACUCUCCUGCCGUUUGUAGAAUGAUUGGCAGUUAGUUACUAACAGUAUCCUGACUAGAGAACCAAUCAGAGAGCCAGAAAAAAACAGUCAGAGGUAUGCAUCAGAAGCUUUAUUUCAUUUAUUUUACUGCAGCACAAAUAUAGAACAUAAAUGCAAAAUAACAUGAGACGUUUGUGCAAAUAAAUCAUUAAACACAGCUAAAUAAAGGUCAGGGGGUGGAAGUUUGGAAACUUGUUCUACAUCCACAUUUCUCUUUUACUUUAAAGUACAUUUAAAUGGAAAGUUUCUCCGAUCAGAUUUCUGUCCACACUCAAACUAAAAAGCAGCAGAUGUAGAAAACAACCUCAGCAGUCGUGUGGAUGGUUUGGUCGUGAGAUGGGGACAAGUUGUGAUAGAUUGAACCAAACCAGCUGGCCGUUAGCGUCUGCACUUCAUUUUUUUUUUUUU